UUUAGGGCGCCAUGUUUCAAUAGACAGACACUUACAUCAAUAUCUGUGCAAUAACAUCGAUUUUAGUCCACAUUAAGCGAGUUUUACCAUCUGUGGCGGACGAACAAACAUUUGCAGACAGUUUAUUACUCGUACGCAAGGUAUUUUAUAUCAAUAUUGUUGCGUUAUGAAUCUGUGAGGCAGCGACACACUGUUAUGUGUCUCAUAGAAACACUUCAUUUGGGAUUAUUGUGGUACUUCAGGACUUUAUAAAAGCUUGAAAGACAGAUCAGCAGGAUGUCCAUUGAUUUUGACAGUGCAGCUUUACAGACGCAGCAGGAGGAAGAGGACUAUGAUCAGGAAGACUAUGCUAGAGAACAAGAGCUCCACAAGCUCCUGACUGAUCUCCCCGAUGAUAUGCUAGAUGACAGCGCCGACUGCUCCUCACCUGAGCUCGACCGCUCCACCUGCAGUCGCCCAGAAGACAACAACAGACCACAGCAUGCCUGGAAUGUGCCACAAUGGGAGCAUCCAAGACCUCCUUCCCAUGAGGAACACUAUGAGGAGUACGAUCAAGGCUCUUAUCAUGAGGACUACAGCUAUAGGAGUCACACGUCUCAGACCAACAGCCACCCUCAUCACCUCCAGACUGGGACAGAACACUUACCCACCGGCUGGGAACCACAGAAUGGACAGAACUACCAGUACCAGAACGGAGACUACGCACACUCAUCCGCAGGCACGGACGAGUCCCAUGCGACUGACUUCUCCACUGGGGAUGGGGCGGAACAGGAUGCGUACCCUCAUAGCGCUCUUCAGCAUGGGGCAGGCUACCAUGGAGACGAGGCGCAAGUCCAUGGAGAGCAUAACAACCUCAGACACCACUUUCAGGUUUUUGAUAAUGGAGGAGCUGGAAACAAACCCACUGACCAUUACAAGGCUAGUUACCAUCCACAUCAACCUUCAAACCAGCCCAAGAUGUUCAAUCCUCAAGUCACCAAUCAUAACGGCCACUUUGACCAAAUUCAGAGGGACUUCCUGGACUCAACACAGAAUACAGCAGAUGGUCAGCAGCUGGCGCAGCUUCAGAUUUUAAACCGAGCUCAAUCCAGACAGAUUGAGGAACUGGAACAGAAACUAGAGGACUGCAGGAGGAGAAUGAGAUAUCUGGAGCACCAGUUCGCCAUUGUCAAAGAUGAGAAAGACGGUCUGACCAUAUCGCUGAAGGAGUCCAGUGCACUAGUGGAGGAGGCGAAAGAGAGAGAAGCGCAGCUGCAGGGAAGAAUCAGAUCUCUAGAGAAACAGAUUCAGUCUCUCACCAACAGUGAACAAGAGAGUCUAAAGCAGCAGCGUGUGGCCGAGGCGGCGAUGGACAGCAUGAAACAGCAGAUGAUGGAUCUGUGUCGUUCGGACACUCUGACACGAGCACGUGAGCAGCACGAUAGAGACGUGGCCGUCAUCCGCGAGCAGUAUGAAGACAAACUGCUCACCCUUCAGCAGAAACUAGACGCGCAAUCCCAGAGUCUGAAUGAGCAGGCUGAGGCAGGCCAGCGGCUGUUGGAUCAGGUCCGGCAGCUGGAGCGUCAGAGGGAAGAGGAUCAGGUGGACAGAGCAUCCGUCAUCAACACCCUCACACAGCGUCUGGAGGAGAGCCAGCAGCAGUGUGCCAAACUGCUCCACACUGGCUCUGUUCAAGAGAUGAGUCAGUUACAGCUGAAGCUCCAGCAGGCCCAGUCUGCCCGCGCCAUCAGUGAAGACAUCAACAAAGCCCUGCAAGAAGAGUUGACUGAAUGUAAAGAGCAGAUAAAUCUGUAUGAAUCUGCUAUUAAACAUGGAGUCCUGGAGUCUAAUGGAGACUGGGACAACCAGUUGUCUGAGUCCUACAUGGACCUGGGGAUCAAGAAGUCCAAGUGGAAAAAUGGACGAAUCCACAGGACAUCUCAUAUUGCUGAAGCAGGAGACUCGACCCACCUGAAGGAGGACGUGGUGCGAGAGCUGAAGAGCGAGUUGCAGCGCUGCCUGAGUCACCUGAAGACCAAACGUCUGAAGAUCUCUGAGCUGCAGGAGGAGCUGCGACGCUCCCAGACCAGUGCAGAGCAGCUGCGGACGCAGCUAGAGCAGGCUGAGAGAACCAUACGAGACUCUAAGGUGAGGGAGAGCAGCUUGGAGAAACACCUGGAAACAUCUCAAAUGACUGCCGCCCCUCACAAAGACCUCAUCAGACUGCAGGAGGAAAGACAGCUCCUGCAGGAGAGAGUGGAGGCUCUGGAGAAGAGGAAUCAGGAGCUGAAGCAGAGUGAGGAAAAGGUGAAGGCAGCCAAUUCUGAGCUUUGCACCAAGAUGAGGGAGAUGAUCCAGGAGCUGGACCAGGAGAAACAGGAAGCUGCAGAGAGGGAUGAGAGGACUCAGCAGCAGUUCAGGGAUGACGUGGUGAAUCGUGUCCGGGCGGAGCUCACGCAGGAGCACACGGAUCACAUCGAGCAACUCACCAGCCAGCAUCAGCAGCACAUACAACAGCUCGAGUCAAAGCUGGCUGAUCUCAGUCAAGAGGUGUUAGCUGUGCAGGAAUGCUACAUUUCUGUUUGCAAAGAGAAGGACAAGCUGGAGGAAAAUCUCCAAAACAAGCUUGAAGAACAGAGGAGACUGAUAGAAAAGGAGUCAAAGAGGCGAGAGGAGAGUGAGGCAGCUCUGGAGAGCCUGAGGUCUGAUCUGGAACAUCAGCAUCAGGAGGACAUGUCUCGGCUCAAAGCCCAGUGGAAGACAGACACACAGGCUGAGAUUGAGCUGCGGGUCAGAGAGCAGCUGGAAACAGCCAGAAAGAGCUGGCAGCAGGAGCAGGAGACGUUGGAGCAGUCCUGGGCUCAGAGGUUACAGGAGGCUGAGGAAGAGGUCAGAAAGGCCAGGCAGUCAGAUACCCGUGAGGGCGCGUGUCAGACUAGCUCCGCUGAGACUGCGGGUCAGCUGAUUUCAGUGGAGGAGCUGGAGGUCCGGCUCAGCGCUCAGAGGGAGACCCUGCAGCAGGAGGCUGCUACGGCCCAGGCCAGAGCCGUGGAGGAAGCAGUACGACACGCUCAGAGAGAGAUGCAGCAGAAACACACUGAGGACAUAACACUCCAGGUUGAAGGUGCGAUAUCAAGGGCACGUUCUCGAUGGCUUCAGGACUUGAUUUCCCUCCCAGAGUACAAAAGCAGCCUGCAGACAGAGAAAGAUGAAUGGGAGCGACUUCAACAGCAGCAUGUCAGGGAACAGGUGUCCUCAGCCGUGAAGGCAGUGGAGGAAAGGUGGCAGGACACGAUCCGCACCAAAUGUGCAGAACUGGAGCAGUGUAACAGGAGAAACGGGGAGCUCCAGGAGGAAAUGCUUUCCCUCAGCACUCGAUUCGAGCGUUCGUGCCAGGAGCAGACCGCCCUCGUGAAAGCAGAGCUGGCUGCAGCACGAGACGUUUGGAUCCGAGACAAACAGGAGGAGAUGUCCCGCCUCAGGGCGCACCUCCAGAGAGAACAGAAGCAGAAACUACAAGCUGUCCUGGAGCAGAACCUGAAGCAAACUGACAAACAAAAGGACACCGAGCUACAGAAAACUCUUAGAGAAAAGGAGCAGGAGUGGCGGGAUCAACAAGAGAUCAGGCUGCAGGAAGAAAGACAACAGGUGCUGGAGGAGGUGCUCAAUGAUCUAAAGGAGGCGUUGCAGGAGGGAGUGGAGAGGAGAGGGAGUGGAGAUGAACAGAAGCUCAGCAGUGCACCAGGAACUAUUAGAUCCAAAGUCUGGGAGAUCUGCAAAGAAACACUUAGUCAAACUGUCAACCAAGCUAAACAGGAGUGCAAGAAGAGCAGCGAAGACAAGCUGAGACGUGUGUUGAAGGAAACCCAGCAGCGACACGAGGCAGAGAUUGGUAGGAUCCACAUCACGCACGCCUCACACACCACUGGAUCAGCCGUCCUCAUGCUUUCUCAUCCUGCAGCAGGUCUGACGGCCCAGAGGAAGCAGGGUGAAUGCAGUGAGUCUCUAGCCAAACUCCAGAAGAAGAAUCAGGAGCUCCAGAGACAUCUGGAAAAGGCCUGCCGGCAGCUCCAGAGGACCGUACGAGAGCACAAAAACACCCUGCAGAAGAUGAAAGAUGAGCACGAGGCAGCCCUGCAGAAGGAGCAGCAGGGUCAUCUCAAAACCCUUGAGGAACUGAAACAAUCCUCAAAUGCAGAAUCAAUUUCAAGCGAUUCAAUCAGCCAGCAGAAUCUUCAAGCAGGUCUUGAGGAAAUGAAGGAGCAAUACAUGAAAGCAGUGGAGAAAAUCAAAGGCGACAUGCUGCGUUACCUGCAGGAGAGUAAGGAACGGGCAGCAGAGCUGAUCAGGACGGAGGUCCUGAGGGAAAGGCAGGACACAGCCAGGCGUAUGCGCAGGUACUACCUUACCUGUCUGCAGGAGCUGCUGGAAGACGGAGGCCAGGCCACAGGAGCAGAGAAGAAAAUCAUCAACGCUGCUAGCAAACUGGCCGCCAUGGCCAAAGUCCUCGAGACCCCGGUGGCCAAACGCAAGCUUUCGAGAACCCAGAACUGUCAAGGCGGAUCGGACAAGACGGACAUUGAAACCAGUGGUUCUCCUGCUAAAGUGCUGGGAGCUGAAGCCUUUAAGGAUGGUAAGGACAAACGGAUCCAUCAGAUCUACAGUCUAACAGACACCAACUACACAUCCAUGACGGCUAAACAGAAAGGAGUCAAAUCUAAAGCCAUCGAACCAGAUUCCCUCAAGCCUAAAGAGACUUUUACAGUUGGUCAGGUAACUCAGAAACACACACACUUUGCGCAUGAUAGUGUUUUUAACAGCGAUGUCAGGACUCCUAAUGUCACACUGAGAAAGCAGAGCAGGGAAAUGUUCUUGGAGGGAUUUGAGUCUGGAAGAACAGAACCGUCAUCCGUCCAGCCCUUUCUGAUCGAAGAAGCUCCCGUUCGGGACGACGGACAGAGCGACUGGAGUUUAACCAGUAACGGCUCUAACUUCAGCAACAUCCACCUGACCUCCUCCUAUCCAGAGCCUGGAAAGCCAUUCUCGGUCAGCUGCGGUUUGAACUUUGGAAGCUCAAUCGGCGAUAACUCGGAUGUUACCAUAUACAAGGAGAUCGUUCAGCCUCCGUCUUACUCUAAACCCGAUGACAGGAGAACAAAUAAACAAAGAGAGCCAGUCCCUGGAUCUGAGGGACAUGGUGUGCGGAAAAAGUGUCCAAAGAGCUUAUUUUCAGAGUUGAAAGUGCGUCAGCAGGACAGUGGGUUCGACAGCCCAUUGGCACUGCUUCAGAAAUGAAGUUUCGAUUUGUUUGUGCCUGAGCAAACAUUUUGUUGUAACUAAAAAAUGAUAAGCUUUUUUUAUUCGUUUGAGCCAAAAGUGUUUUGUACUCGUCUCGAAUCUGUGCAUGAAUUUGUUACCUUUUAACUUAAUAAAGCAACCUAGUUUUACAUUAGUUA